AGCAAGCCAUUAAGCAACACCUCAUCCCCUCUUAUAAUAGUAUUGGCUUUCCUAUGGACUCAAUGUGAUCUUGGAUCACUGAAAUAGAAAAUGUAGUGUCCUGAGCCUUGAGCUUGAGCCAAUCCUUUGUCCUUAGCAUCUUGAAGGAGUUCCACAUCCUCUUGUCCACGCCACUCCAUUGUUGAACUUAUCUAAAAUAUGCUAGAUAAAAGUAUUAGUCCAACAAGAGAUAUAUUGACAUUAAUUACCAAAAUCACCCAGGGAGCACUUGUGCUUUCACACCGCUUCACCUAGGAGGCGGGGAGGCUAACGACACUGCUGCCAUCACCAUGGAUUUGUCCUUCAUCAAAUCCAUGGCGGUGGGUUUGAAGGAGAUGCAGGCCCGACAUGAUCUGAAGUGGCAGGAGCUCAAGGAGCGGCGUGAAUCCGCUGGCAAGGUGGAUCAGAAGUUGAAGGACAAGUGCCUGGAGCUGCGCGAAUGGCAUGACAAGCAGUUCGAGGCGCUCAUGAAGCAGUAGGAGACCCUUCAGAUGAUGAGGGAGGAUGUCGUGGCUCGGGAGAGGCGUCAGCAGAUCACAAAGCAUCUUUGGAUGUGAGGGAACAAGAGAUCUCCCUUCGGGAGGAGAAUCUUGAAGCCACCCUCCGCGCCAAGGACGAGAGUUUGGAGACCUUGGUGCAGCAACACACCAAAGAACUAAAGGAUGAGCAUGGGGCUACUCUGGACACCCUCUCUAUUGAUCAUGCUGCCCAACUGAAGAAGCUUGUUGACGAUCUAGAUGUCGCAUCCUCUGCCAAAGCUGAGCUCGAGCGGGAGGUGGCCAAACUAAAUGAAGACCUUGCCGAGAGUGUCAAGGAGGUGGAGGCACUUAGAGAAGAGGCACGGCAAGCAGAGCUCCACCUGACUGACGUACAAUCGCAGCUCUCCUCCAAGACUCAAAGCCUUGAAGCCGCCAACAGCCACAUUUCUGAUAUGAAGACAAGGAUUGGCUCUCUGGAGCAGUCGGCAGUGUCCCUUGAAUCCCGACAGUAGCUGCUAUCUAAGGAGUUGGAAAACGCCAAGCGUCUCCGGCAAGAUGCAGAGGACGAGCUGAAGAACCGGGUCGACAUGAGCGAUCUCUGGAUCAAGAGCCUGAUUGAUGUUGUUGAACGUCUCGGGGUCCAAGCUGUGGCGAUGGGCAUGGACGGCCCAGUCUACUCAGCCAGCGAGUAUGAGGUCCCGAGCGUCAAGCUGGGGAUCUUCUUCAACGAGUUUGUCGACAAGCUGAAGGUGCACGAAGAGGGGAGGGCUGAGCGUUUCGCGACCGAGUCACGGAGGCUCACUCGCAACACCCUCUUCAUGGUCUUGAGCAACAUCUCUUGUCGUCACCCAGAGCUCGAUCUUGAUGACGGCUUCAGGAAGCCACCGGUGGGUGCUGAUGUUGCUACUGCUGAGGAGAAGGCUGCUGCCCGUGCUAACAGGGUUCUCCGCGUUUAAGCCAUUCCUUCCGGUCCUAUAGCAGAAAAUGACACAUAUUUAGCGUUUAGUCGCUUUAUCUCUAAUGUUUGUGCGUGGGUAAUACUUGUUAGCCGGAUCUUCAAACGCGUGUUUACCCCGUUAAACUCUAUACGCUUGUGUUUGUAUGAUCAAUUCCUAUGUAUGCUCUGGAUGCCUGCCGAUAUCAUAUUGUCGCAAUUGUCGUAAGGGUCCGGCCCUUAAUAGUCAUCUUGGCGUGGAUGCGUCUCGACAGGUUUUUCCAAGGUAGCUCUCGAUGCAGCCUCUCGACCCGCGAGCAUGGCUCGGGACGGGACAAUGGUGCGAUCAAAGAAACUAGCCGAGAUUCCAUUGCAUGGGGGAUUUCUCGAUCUGAACACUUCGCUUAGAGUUUAAGGGACAAAGAACUGCGAGAAUCUAAAAAUGCAUCAAUAAGGAGUGUCGACAUGGACUUAGCUUUCGUUUUAAGCUUCUUUUUCGCCUGCCGGGCCGCGCGAGUUCGACGCGCCCACGGCGCCUGGAGGAGUAGAAGGCAAUUUGGUAGCUUCUUUGUUCCCGGCAAGGGUCGGCGAGUAUUUCUGGUGACUGGCGAGCAUAGGGGCACGGUGGCGAGCUUCUCUGGCCCUCCUCCCUUUUGCUUCCCUCCCCUCGAGCAGUACUACGGCUGCCAUCGCACGGACCGUGCCAGUGCAGGCAGCCUCGCCGGAAUGUGCUUGUCGGGGAAUCAAUCAACGGACUUAUACCAGCGCUUUGCUCAGGAUUACCAACGGUGGGGGAAAUACAGGACUGAGCGUCGCGUGGUAAUCGUCGACAUCGACGACGCCGAGGCUAAAGCAGUUCGACUGCUGACGAGGUGGAGGGAUAGAAAGGAGGGAUCGUGCGCUCGCACGCCUUUUGUCGCUGAAGAGUGCUCGGAUGGAGAUAACGCCAUACGAGCUGCCAGAGUUAAUUUAUCCCCAUCGGUUGUGGCCUUGGUCGUAACCGUUGCCACGGCGAAUCCUGGAGAGCGACAAUCACGGUGCAAGAGUGGAUCUUCCCCCUGCUUCGCUUCCGCAUCGCCGUGGGCGCCACAGUCGAUGGCGCCGCCGAAGAUGGAGAUGGUGAUGAAGAUGAUGCGUUGCGCACGCCUUCAGGUUCGCGUAAGCGAGCCCCCUACCUGGCGCGCCAAAGAUGCCGCGGGAUAUCCGUGGCCACCUAUGGGACCGGGUGGCCCCUUACUGGUUCGGCAGGGGGACGUCAUGUUGCACAAAGAGCAGAUCAGCGCACGGCAGAGAGCACACAAGCAAUUUACCCAGGUUCGGGCCACCGCAAGGCAUAAGACCCUACUCCUUCUUUGGUGGAUUGAUGGUAGAAUGAAUGUGGUGGUGCGUGGUACACUUGCCCGACAAGGUUUGCCUCGGGGCAGCAGCGACUACGCGCGUGCGGUGGCUUGGGCUUGUCAACUUUCCAACCCCCUAACCCCUUCUACAAGUGCCAUAGGCCUCCUUUUAUAGAUUAAGGGGUCACCACUGUGGCAAAGUGGUCAUUAUCCACUGAUAUGAUAGCAAACGGUGCUAUCAUACCUAACUCUGUGGGCUGACAGAGUGCAUUAAAUCCACUGCUUAGUGUCACAUCACUGGUUGCCCGGCAAGGCCUGUCGGGCUCUCUUGCCAGCUCCGCGGCUGUUCCCUUGACACGUUGCAGGACAGGUGUCAUCUGUGGGUUUCUUCUGUAGGAAAUGGCUGCCAUGUGGCGAAUGGUUGUCACUUAAUCAUCUUGCGGGUUGACACCGCAUUGAUUGGCGACGUGGGUUGCACUUGAGUGGUUGGCGGGGUGUUUCAGCCCCCGCGAUCCCCGGCAGGCUCUGCCGGGGAGUCUUGGUUGCUUGCUUCUGGUGGUGGUCUUGCCCCUUGCCGGGCUCGCCUGCCUGGCAAGGGAGGCCCUUCUUUCUGCUGAUAUCUUCCUCUCUUGGUUUGAUCUUGGCCUCUCCGGGCUGCAUGUUGGUUCUUCAAGUCUCUUGGCUCUUCGACCUCUGACUUGAGCUGGUGCCUUGGUCUCGACCUUGUGCUUGUCCGUGCACGAGUCAGGGGAAAAUGCUGCCCCUGUAUAUUUUCCACGACAGUCUCACCUUAUUCUUUUAAGAUGGAUGCUAUGGUCUUCCCCACAGGUUGCCACGGAACGGACGGCGACGACGACAGGAGGGGCACGCACAUCCAUGGGAUGGGACGCUGCCAUGGAGAUGGAACUCCUUCUCCACACCACGUAGAGGUCCCAUGGAGCCCCCUCCUUCUCCGGAGCUUCAGAAGGGUUGCUCACCAACGAACUAGAAGAUUGUUUUGUCCUGGGCACUGACAUGAUUAAGGAAGAAUUUGCUUAUUCCUGGAUGUGCUAGGAAGAUCAAAGGAAUGUAUAUCCUUUCAAGUUCACUGAUGCGGUUACCACUACAACACACGUCCCUCCAAGGACCAAGGGUGGGCAUGAUCUUCUACAAGGUUGUUGUCUGUGACUAUUAGGACGGGAUCAACUUUGCGGUGUCCCCAUUGCUACAAGUCAAGCUAAUAGAGCUAAAUGGGUAUCCAAUUUUAGAAAGCACCCUUAAGAAACAUGCACACAUGUCUUUAGAUCCUAUGGAGCAUUCCUAAUAAUGACCAUCUAUUUAACUAUCUUGGAUCAUUACCAUUACAAAAUGCAGCAUGGCAUUCAUAAUGUUCAGUUAUUCAUAAAUGUGGCAUUUAAUUCUUCUCCUAGCAAGAUAUUUAAGCAUGUUGCAUAUACCAAUCUGUUGAUAAUUCAAUUAUUGAUUCUGAUGUACAAACAGUCAAAA